CGAGCGGCCGGGACGGCUACCGCGGCUCGGGCUCCGGCUCCGCCUUCGUCUCCGCGAGCUCGCCGCUCCCCUACGGCAGGCCCCGGCUCUCGGCGUUGCGCCCGGUGGGUUCAGGAUCCAGUUUCCAGAAUGUGGUGGCCUUUGGCCUUUCUGUGCUAUCUACUGGUGCUGACCAGAGCCCAGGGCAGAACUUCUUUCCACCCGCUGUCAGACGAACUGAUCACCUACAUCAACAAGCAGAACACCACGUGGCAGGCGGGACGCAAUUUCUACAAUGUGGACGUGAGCUACCUGAAGAGGCUGUGUGGCACCUUCCUGGGUGGGCCCCGGCUGCCCGAGAGAGUUCGGUUCGCUGAGGACAUCAAUCUGCCUGAAAGCUUCGAUGCUCGGGAACAGUGGCCCGACUGUCCAACCAUCAAAGAGAUCAGAGACCAGGGUUCCUGUGGCUCUUGCUGGGCAUUUGGGGCUGUGGAGGCCAUGUCUGAUCGGAUCUGCAUCCACACCAACGGGCACGUCAGUGUGGAGGUGUCUGCAGAGGACAUGCUCACCUGCUGUGGCGGCCAGUGUGGGGACGGCUGUAAUGGAGGCUAUCCGUCUGGAGCUUGGAACUUCUGGACAAAAAAAGGCCUGGUUUCUGGUGGCCUGUAUGACUCCCACAUAGGCUGCAGACCCUACUCCAUCCCUCCCUGUGAGCACCACGUCAACGGUUCCCGGCCCCAGUGCACAGGGGAGGGGGACACUCCCAGAUGCAGCAAGAGCUGUGAGCCCGGCUAUGCCCCAUCCUACAAGGAGGACAAGCACUACGGGUACAGUUCCUACAGCGUCUCCAGUAACGAGAAGGAGAUCAUGGCAGAGAUCUACAAAAACGGCCCAGUGGAGGGCGCCUUCACCGUCUUCUCAGACUUCCUGACCUACAAAUCAGGAGUGUACAAGCAUGUUGCUGGAGAGAUGAUGGGAGGCCACGCCAUCCGCAUCCUUGGCUGGGGGGUAGAGAAUGGCAUCCCUUACUGGCUGGUGGCCAACUCCUGGAACACUGACUGGGGUGACAACGGGUUCUUUAAAAUCCUCAGAGGAGAGGAUCACUGUGGAAUUGAAUCAGAAAUUGUGGCUGGAAUCCCACGCACUGAGCAAUACUGGGCAAAGAUCUAGUCUGCCGCAGGCCUGGCUGGCCAGUCCUGGGGGUUUCCCUAAACGUAGCCAACUGGUCUGGGGGUGUGAGACGCGGGCAAGAAUGUCUUUUAUUCUUUGAGUUCACAUAAGGUACAAGAAGUUGUAGACAGGGUCUAAAGAACUGGAUCAGGCCAAACUCAUGCCUCCCGGUAGAACUGUCUUCCAAGGAAACGUGUCCAUUCCUGCUCCCUCCCAGGCUGUUCAGUGGACAAUGGCCACAGUGCACCCCGAGUCUUCCCCGUAGACUAGUGCUGUUUGUAGUGCCUGCUGCUCCGGCUCUGGCUGCAACACCCUCCCACCCCUCGUCCAAGCAGCGACAGACCCACCGGCUUUGGCUGCAGGCUUUCCAAAGGAAGGGUCUGUGGAGUCCCAACAGGACAAAUGCCCACGUGGAGCAGUACCUCUAAGCAAGUAGCCUUCUAGAUGCCACAGGUCCAUAGCAGGCAUGGCGUGCAAUCCUCUGGAGAAAGCCGCGUCGACCCAGGGCGCCUGCAUCCAUGGCCCUUGGUAGUGCUGUAAGCCCUCUCUGGUUCUGUCCUUGGCUGAUUCUUUUUUAAUAGAAGUUUUAUUUUUUGUGCACCUCAGCUGAUCAUGUGAAUGAACAAAUCUAAUAGCUGGAAGAGCUAUACUCGUUUUUACAGAUUGUCUCCCAAUGGUCUGGCUUAAAACAAAUCAAGUGGUCAUGAUUUGCUGGCUGACCUACUGACCUUGACUACCACAUUGAAACUAGUUUGGGAGAAAUCAGCUUUUACUGUUUUUGAAAAAUUACAUCUUCACCCUGUCAAUUUAACAAGGAAUGACUGUGCCAAUAAAAGGUUUCUCCUUUAGUGAAA